GCAAUAGACCAAACUGCCUCUAAUUACCAGCUUUAAAACAAGGAAGAAGGCCAAUUAUAAUUCUUGGAAGUAAUUCAGCUUUAAUUAUAAUUUAAUAUAACAAUGUAGUAUAUGGAAUUCAGCUAAACUGAAUUUGUAUAUACAAAAUCUCUAUAUGGUGUUCUGUUGUAUUAUUCUUGUAUUCUUGCAAAGCUACUCCUAAGGUAUUGAGGGAUUCAUUGAACUAUUGUCUGUGAGUUGAAAAAGAAAGGAUGGGAGGAUUAGUUAUGCAUAAACACUGUCAUUAAUCUUUCUUCCCAAAAGUUAUGCACAAAGUGAAAGAUUUAAAUUAGUUUCAACAAAAGUUGACAAUUAGUUUCAACAAACCAUGACAAUUUAUUCUUAGUCCCUUUGAACUUCUUUAACCAACAGAUGUACAUAUUUCAUUGUAAUUCUUUUCUUCUCUGAAGACUUGGAGUAUAUUCAAAAUAAUAAAUAACAAUAAAACAAAACCAUUCCCUUCACUAUAAAGAUGCCCAAAGAAAAAUAAAAGGCAGUAAAUCCAUAUUUAAAACUUACGGUUUUUGUUGCCUUUUUAAAUGCUGAAAUUUAAAAACAUAUCAGGGCAAAAUAUUCUAUAAGAAGGAGAACAUGGAAAAGGUCUACCUCAAAAUCCACUAUCUUCUUCUGAUAGCUGUACGAUGAAGUGUCUUACUGGACAGGCAAAAUCAUGCUUGAUAAGAUGGUGUCUUAUAGCCUCCUGGAACCACACCAAGCAGGGCUUUAUAGGUAAUAACCAGUGCUUUGAAUCCUGCCCAGAAUUUUCCUGGCAACUAAGGUAGUGAUUACAAUGUGGAGUAACACAUUUUUUAUGUUAACUUCCUGGACACCAGAUUUUCUACCCAUUUAAACUUCUGGGUUGUCUUAAAAAAUAACUCCACGUGGAAUACAGGUACGUUUUCUACAUAAAUGCCCAACUUACAAUUAUGAUAUUGCAGCGAACCACAAUCUUGGGAUUGCCAUUUGUGAUCUUUGCAGGCUUCCCAUAUUUUCCCAAGGAGCCCUGCUACAAAGUAUGUAGCAAGUACAAGGAAUCAUUUUAUAAAGAAUCCAAAGUCAUAAUGAAAUGUAAUUUCAUGAUUGAAUUAAUGAAUUCUACUUAUCUCAUAUGUUCUAUCCAAUUGAUAUUUGGAUUUGAGCUAAUGGAAGUGACACCAUCUGCAAUGAAAUCAGCAAAAUCAUCUAGCUAGUCCCAUCACUAAAAAUGUUGCAGAUUAGACUAAAUUAGAUUAGAUUAGAGUCUGCAGAUACAGCAGAGUCUAGUACUUGCAUUUAUCACUACAGUACUGUGAAAGCCCAAAACCUAUUUGAAUGGUUGCUUGGUCAAACUGACUUUUCACUUGCUUUAUCUCCCAACACUCCUAAAACUGUUAGGGAUUGGUAACUGAAAAGAGGCCUUGCAGGAACAAUUGCACCCAGUCAUUUGGUUAUGCUCUCCCCAGAAUGAACCAGAUGCAUUAGGAACUUUCUACUUUAUCAUUAAGAGAACCCCCAAGUUCUAAGUCUUUUGAUUUUGUUCUCAGUAUGCUAAGAAUUAUGUUUACAAUAUUGCACUCAAAAAAAAAAAUUCUGAAGACUUUUUUGUAGCAUUGUUAAUUCUAAUUGUACACUAGAAUUAAGAUUUUGUUAUGUAUAUGCUGUUCCUGAAAUCAUACUGGAAGAACACCAUGCUUUCAGGAUCGGUAAGUAUAUAUAGUUAACUGGAUGUUCCACUGGCUUAGAUAUUUCAAUAAUAUGAUUAGAUGGAUUGAAUCUCAGUGCAUGAUAUUUGAAAAUUGAUACUACUUUUAGUAUGAAUUUAAAUUUGUUUUGCACAAAUGUUGAUAGUCUCAAUAUGGUUCUGGUUCUUUUUGCUCCCAGAUUGGAAUAACACACAACACAGCUUUUCUUCACCUUUCCAGAAGGUUGUUAUACAAUUAGAUUAGAACUCUUAUUUUUCAAAGUAAUUAAUAUAAUCAUAUUUUUGACCAGACCUGUAUUGUCAUCUUCACAGAAAAUGUUUUACUUUAUUAUGCCAUCUUUUGGAGAAAAAAAGCACUUUGUAAGAUGCUAAUAUAUACUUAAAACUGUAGUAUGUAAAUAUAGAGUACCAUUGCAUUCAUACCUAAACUGAGUUUUGAAUAGAAAUUACUAAUUUGUAUCUCAUGUUCAUAAUCCAAUGGAUACUUAAUAGUUCGCCAAGAUUUGAUCAAGAUUGCUAGUGACAUAAAAAAAAGAAUGUUACUUUGAAUUGUCCUCCAAUUUGCUAUACAGGUAAUCCUCAAUUUAUGACUAUUUACUUAACAGUUCAAAUUAACGAUGACCUCAGAAAGGGUGCUAUAUGGUCUUUAGAAUCUGGAAAUCCUGCUCGGAUUUUGGCAGAGAAGAAUGUGGUGCCUAAGUGGAGUCCCCCAGGGCUUCCCUUUCUCCCCUGAAGCACAUGGGACUCUGUCCAUUUAAUGACCUGAGAGAUUACUUAACAAUUGCAGCUGGGAGUGCCAGGAUUCUGGUUGUUAAGUGAAGCAUCGGAUGUCUCACUUAACAGUCAUUUUGCUUAACUACUAAAAUUCCAGCCCCAGUUGUGGUUGUAAAUUGAAGACUAUCUGUACUUUAUAACAUAGGCGUGCAGUCUUCUGAAAGUGCUUCCAUUAUAUCAAGAAUUGGCUAAAAUUUACAAAGCACAUUUAAUUAUUUCAAUAAUCUAUAAUAUAGAGAGAGAGUGUGUAUAUGUGUGCACACAGACACAUAUGUUUUGUAAGUGGUACAUAAAACUUUAUACAGUAUUUCUGGUGGUUUUUGAAGUCAGUGGAAAAAAUAUUUUCAGUUGGUUUACCUAAUAGCUGGGUUACUAUGGACUUCAUCUAAUAUAAUGGAAUAGACCUUUUUCUUUUUCCCUGUAAUGUUGGGAUGGCGUGUUGUGAUGUAGAAACAAACAAUUAUGUGACUGGUGUUCAGUCAUUAGCUGAUAUUCAUCUACUAACCAGUGUUAGGUAUAAUUCCUUCAGUCUAUAGGAAAAUUCCUUAACAUUUACAGAUCAGUUUCAAAUGUAUUCAAGGAAUAUGUAGAACUACACACAUCACAUACUUUUUGUUACUUAUUCAGCUUAUUCUGCUACUUGUAAAAUGACAUAAGAUGUGGCUAUCUUUUUUUUUUUUUUACUGUUGUUGGAUACAAAGAAAAUGAUGCAACAUUCCAUUUCAUUCCAAUGUUAAUUUUUCCUUAAAGAAAACAUCCAGGCUAAUAUUCUAUAAUAUUAUAGAAUGAAAUAAUAUACAUUUCAGCCAAAAGAAAUAAAAUUUGGCAAGAUUUUAUUUUUUAAAAUAAAGAAUAUUUGAUCAUUCAAUAGACAGUUAAAUGGUAUCUAAUCUUUUGAUAAUUUCUUUAUUGUAUUAUCAAUUUAAUAUUUGACCAACACCAGUUCAGUUUCAUAAGGAGUUAAAACUACAAAUAGAAAUAAACUCAUUUUUUAUGCAUUGUAACUGACCUCACUCUUAUUCCCUCCUAUUUAAAAGAUAACUGACGUGGUUAGAUAAUUAAAAGAUUUGUACCUGACAGAUGCUUGUAAACAUAAGGCUGAAGUUAACCAAGCACUGUUAGUCCUUUGAACACUUGAGUCAGCAUGUAUUAGGUUAUACAGAGCUCUACAGUAAAAUCUGCAAUGUCCUGUCCUGUGAAAGUUGAUGCAGAUGAGAUUAAACGAUUGGGGAAGAGAUUUAAGAAGCUUGAUUUAGAUAACUCUGGUUCUUUAAGUGUGGAAGAAUUUAUGUCUUUGCCUGAGUUACAACAGAAUCCCUUGGUACAACGAGUAAUAGAUAUAUUUGAUACAGAUGGAAAUGGAGAAGUAGACUUCAAAGAAUUUAUAGAAGGAGUCUCUCAGUUCAGUGUCAAAGGUGACAAAGAGCAGAAGUUGAGGUUUGCUUUUCGCAUCUAUGACAUGGACAAAGAUGGUUAUAUUUCCAAUGGGGAGCUUUUCCAGGUUUUGAAAAUGAUGGUUGGGAACAAUCUCAAAGAUACCCAGUUGCAGCAAAUUGUAGACAAAACCAUAAUAAAUGCAGAUAAAGAUGGUGAUGGAAGAAUAAGCUUCGAAGAAUUCUGUGCUGUUGUAGGAGGCCUAGAUAUUCACAAAAAGAUGGUGGUAGAUGUGUGACUCUUUAUGAUACUACCCAACACUUUUGCUUUCUUCUCCAUCUCUGAAGAUCUGCUCAAGACGUCCAGCAAUGCUCUCUGUGUAUUUAAAUGGAAGUAUUUUUCUCUGUGAAACCACAUUUUCCAACAUGAGCCUCAUGAAGCCAACUAAGUGUUGUUGAACUUUCAUUCUCUCAAUAACGCAAGUGUAGCACUUUAAAAGUCUGAAGGACAGCAAAAUGGAAAGAGCAUAUCAAUGUGGUGGAGAAAGGGAAGGGGGUUGGCUUUUUAAUUUAUUUUUCUCAACUUUUAUAAACAAGAAAAUAUCUAUCUAUAUAUAUGUGUGUGUGUAUUUAUAUAUAGAUAUAUAUGUUGUGCUUUCUAUUUAGUAGUUAGGCAAGCUUUAAUUUAAUAUACUUGAUUUAGGCAUAAAACUAGAGUACAAAAGUGCCAAGCAGAUCAUUAUUUAGUUCAACACAUAUAGAUAUACAUCUUUACUUUUAUGUCACACAGAUACACACAUGCAGGCAAAUAUACUUUAGAAGAAUAUAAUGUUUUAAUGGAUGUUAGGUCAACUUUUUCCUGUGACUGUUUCAGAUGUUUAUAUAUUGGCUGGCUGAAAUAGCAUUAUUUCCUGUUAAUUUAUCUUAAUUACAUUUUUGUAUGACAGGAAUGUAGGUUAGUUUGUGUAUAUAUGUACACUAUUUAAUAGUAUAUGCAUGUACAUAUAUGUACACAUACUAUUUAUGGGUAUUAAAAUAGCAAGGCAUGUUAUAAAAAUUUAAUUGCCAAGAACUAGGUUGUAUGUGCAAAAAGAUGCUUAUCAUUUCAUUUUUUCACUUAAUAAAUGAACACAAUUGCAUUAAAUAAACCUAGUAAACAUUGGUUUUUUUCCAUUAAGUAUAGAUAUAACAGUUGUAAAGACACUUGUUUUUCAGUACUAAUCAUAAUUAAGAAUUAGGAUUCAUUUCCUAGGAUACCUUCUGCAGCAAGAUUACAAAACCUCUCAUGCCAUUAAAAUAUUUUCCAACUAUAUAGUUUCUCUAAAGCAUUUAAUAUACUCGUUUAAGUUGCAUAAAGCCUGGUAAUAUUUUAUAUAUGUGUAUAUAGGUUUAUUACAGGAGAAACAUUAGCCUCUGCCAUAGGGAAAGAGGUAAGGUUCACAUUAUCUAACUUUUUUUUAACCUCCUGAUCGUCAGUUGGAGAAUUCUUUUUUCUAAAUUUGUUUUUAUCAUGACUUGUAAUUGACAGUGACUUUAUAUGUGUGAUAUAAAAGUAGCAAGGCAUGUUAUACAACUUUAUAUCAUUCUUUUUCUGCAAUGGUACUAUUGGCUAGAAAAAAAUUGUUAGAUUUUUAGGAUAGUACGCCCUUUCCUCUAGCAAUUUUUCUAUUUGAAAUGUUUUAUAAUCCGCGGUGGAAAGGCAGGUUGCUCAAAAUCAAUUGCCUCCCAGCCAGCCAUAGCUGUUCCUUCAAUUGAGUGCUGCACAUCAUGGGCUCUGUCUGUGAGAGAGAAAUCCAGGUGCUUGGUGUCCUUGCAUGACAUGAAGUUUUGCAUGUAGAUCGAUUUGAAAUGUUCCUCUUGUUUACAUGAUUUGCAUAAUUUUAAAAAGAUAAUGUUGCCAAACUUUUGGUAAAUGUUAAAACAGAAAGUCUCCACUACAUGUAUCUUUUCUUCCUCUGGAUCAGUAUGUGGAUUAUAAUCCCAGCCAGUGGUUGUAUUUGUUCCAUUGUCAACUGCCAUGUGCUCUGCUUCAGGGGGAACUAGUCUUUUGUGAAUUUUUUUUUUGUACAUAAAUAUUUGUUACAAAUAUUUUAGCAAUUGCUUUCUAUUUCUUAAUUGCUUGUGCAUAUCGUUGCUGGCAUAAUAGAAAAUAGUGCUAAUGUUACUUUCGUACUGGGGGAAUGAGCUUUUUUUAGUUUGUGUGCAAAAAAUAGGUUAUGUUGAAUGUUUAGAUUUUUUCCUCUGCAUGCUAUAUCAUACAUUGUUGGAACUAUAGGAACCUUAAUAAUGUAUGAAUAAAAAUAAACUAUUUGAACUUUA